UCUUCUUAUCAUUCUUAUCUUCCAGAGAGAUGCUGCAGGAAAAUGCCACUAUCCUUUGCAUUACUUGUUGAUGUUCUUGCCUUAAAAUUUCAUGGAUGUUACACUUCUGAGUAGGAGUAACACAGUGAUUAUGGGAUCGGUUUUUAGAAUAAUGUAAACCCAUUUUAAACAGAGUAUUGAUAGGUCUCGUGUGACUCGGGUAGCAGAUCGGGACUAAAUGAAUGCUUAGGGAAAGCCAGUAUUUAUAAUGGUUUUCCAGUCGAAUUAGAACACGCCAAAAUCAAUACAAUCACCAUAAUAAUAUGGUGACAAUCGCUUCCAUUUACGUCAGCAUUUUAAUCAAAAUAUUUUAUAAUGACGCAAAUCACGUAGACUUUCGGUACCUAAGGCAUUUGGCAUGUAGCCUAAUAGCCUAAUAUCCAAGUCUGGAUGAUAAAAACGGGUAAACAUGAAGUAGGUACAGUGCUUUUGAAAAAAACAGGAAAACCACAAUGCCCAUUAUAUGUACUUCAAAAGGCAUUUUUGGUCGAUUUGCGCAACUCGCUGAAACAAUGAGGCAUUGUCAUUAGCAACAAUGCUAAUGAGGUCCUAAAUACCGAUAUCGGAAAACCUACUAAUAUUAUUAAUUUUAAAUAUAUUAAAAUCAUCGUUACCAUGACUUUGUAAAAACCAAUACAUAUUUAGUUAAUGUAAACUUUUUCCUCUGCCUAACUGAAGUAAUUAUUGCGAAAUAUUUCCAGAAAGGCGAUUGGAUCUCUUACUUUAUGAAUCCGCUAUAGAUGGAAGCUAAGUGUUGCAUCAUCAACCGGGAAUAAAAGUUCCGUUAGAAAACCAUGUAUAGACAUUACGAAGAAAUUAUUUUUUAGGCCUCAUUCUCAGUGAUCAUGAGUUGAUACUAAAGUUUUAAAGGUUAGGUGGGUUACCUGUGCUCGCGCUCAUGUAUGCAUAAUUUUUAGCGAUAACAUAAUUACACUAACAAUGAACAAACAGUUCGGAGAAGACCUGUCAUAAAAGCCGAGGUCACAUUAGCAUUCACGCCCCUGUCGUAAAAAGUUUAUAGCAUCAUAAUCGUUGGCACAUGAUUAAAUGCAAAACUAUAAGUAAUUUCUUAAUUAAAUAACAACUCACGCUAUAGUUUAAGAGCUAAUCCGCCCUAUUUAAAAAAUCACAUAAAUUCCAAUAGAUUUUGUAGAUAGAUUAUCGUAUGAAUACGAACCCUAUGUAUAGUGAAUGCAAUUCAUUCCGAAGGAUGCAAAAUUGAGGUACCGAGCGCAAAAAGUUAUGGACAAAUAAUACUUGGUUGAAAAACGUCGACUAAUUUACAUAAUUCUGACUGUUUCGUUGGCUAUAAAGUCUAGCCAUUAGGUAUAUUAUAAUGCUCUUUAUCACGCAAUUCAGGUAAUGUGGUUACCUCUGAAAUUUAGAUUUGACAGUUGCUUUCACUCCUUUACUCCAAACAGUUCUUUCUCUGAAUAGAAAAAUAAUUUUCUAAGGUGAAAUUUAAAAAUUACAUUAAGUAAAACAUUUAAAAAAUGAAGACAUUGUGGAUAUUAAUAGUUAUAAUAAUUAUGGUGGAGGCUGGCCCAAUUCCUCCAAUAACAAAAAUAUUAGAUCGACGUAUAACUGCAGCCCCACGUCGCUGCACAUCCAACGACGGUGCCUGCAGAAAAGCGAUAAAUUUUCUAAAGUGGGUCAAUGGAUAUCAGAACAUGAUGCAAUAUCAGAUUGAAAAUAUGGUAUUAUCUAUGUAUGACCAGUUCUUUCGUCCUGAUGAAACAAUAAGACGACCAUCAAGGAGGCACUGGGUUCGACACAAUAAUGGAAUUACACUAGGGUCAGUCGGGGCAAGUGCCCAGGGCCGCAAAUUUUUUAGGGUGGCAAAAUCAAAAUAAAAUUAAAUAUAUGAACUAUAAGUUUAAGUGAAAUUCCAGUAUUGGGACAGAUUUUUUUCCGGUGCCCAGAGGCGGCAUUAAGUUUAAAUCCGGCCCUGGUUCCAUAAAUCGAUGUCUACCCAAGAACUGCAGCAACGACUCUAAAUUUCUACCACUGUUAGAUUUCCGCUACUGUUUUAAUGAAGGAAACAUUUUCUGUUUAUAAUUGAUCAGGUGUUGUUAAGUAGUUCUUAAUUAUCUGAAUGUGAUUGCAUAACUUUCUAUUCGGGCAUAAAAUGUUUAUAAAAAAUCAUGGGAUAUCUAAAUUCCUGAAAAAACCUACCGUGACAACAGCCACUCUUCACAGAAAGUUGUAAAUCCUUUUAACUUAAUUAAAAUGUAAGUGACUAACGUUUGUUUUUUAUUUCUGGUAUUGAUAAUUUUAAAGAAGUUUGAGUUUGGAAAAUACCGGGUGUUGUUUAGUAAAUAGGUGCCUAGUAUGUUUAUGAAAAGCAGUUCAAUUGAUUUAAGGGCAUCUAAUAUUCGCUACAGUAUGUAGACUACCUACGACAUUUGGGUGCCUAACGAUGUAUAAUCGGAUAUGACAUAUUGAGCGCACACAGUCUAGACAAGUACCUCGUGCGUGUUCUUCAAUCAUUGGCUGCUUGAUAGAACGGGACGGAUGACGUAAGUGCGACAGCGGCAGAUAAAUAAACCUAGAUUUUACUAUGAUCAAGUGCACUUUCAUUUAUUAUAUCUAUAAUAUUAAAUUUGUCACAGUUAACCUGAUCGAAUGACACAAAGUUUUUUAUAAUCCAAGUUUCGGAGUUGCCGAAUGUUCAAUGUGAACAUAGAUGUAUUUGAAUACUAUUAUGAUGAGACUGACAAAAAUGUCAACGUAGGAUGGGACAUUUGCACAUUGAUUAGGGAAUUAGAAUAACUUAAGAUUAACUAUGUUAAUACAGUAUGAAUAAUAAGAUCAUCCUAUUAUCAUGUCUUUAGAAAAGCGUAGGCUUCAUGCCUCAAGGCGUAUAUAAAGCAGCCUGAAAAUUUGAUAUUCCAUCACACGGCAACAGGCAACCGACAAGACGCUUAGACCAAAUAGCUUCUAGCAAACAAAUUCAAGUAUAACCUCCAGACAAGUAAAUCCCUGAACAAGGCGUGACCGAUCUGAAGGUCUCUACCCGAUAAGUCAACAGACGUCGGAAUAGGGCGAGCCCGAUAUUUACAAAGUCUCGAAGAAGCUUAAGUUUCUUUAGUCUUCGGAAGCUCGCCUAGAUAGGAAGGCAGGUUUGAGCCUCAGUACAUUCAAAAUAAUCAAAAUAAGUUUGAUUUUCAAAUUUUCUCGUGCUUCGAGUGAGACUUGAAUUUCAAAAAUGGACACGAAAUCUCAACGGCGAAACAACGGAAACCAGGAGAGGGUUGAAGCUUCGAACUUUCUAAGCUUUAUGAGAAGACCUAACUUUAUCGGCACAAUAUUGCAGCAGCAUACUCAAAUAAUCGAAGAAUCGGAAAUUGACUAUUAUUUGAAGAUGAAAACUGAACACAGUGACUCACAAGGGCCCCUACGUUCUCUGCUUUGUCUUCCGAAAAACACUCACGAAGCAGACAGCGACUUUUUCACCGUUGAUGGCUAUAAUGUCAAAAACAAAUUUCUAUGCACCCGCAAUCCGAAACAAGAUGGCGUGUACCAGUUUUGGAGCAUGGCAUUCAAAAAGAAUAUUCAUAUCAUCGUUAUGUUAUCUCCGAUUGACAAUCUGAUGAGACACCGAUACUGGAGUACGGGAGAAGACUCAGUGUUUGAAUGCCGUGAAUUCAGAAUAGAAACCCUACAUGUUAAUGUUGAAGCUUUGUAUACUACAACAACCCUGCUGCUGAAACAUAAAAAUAGUGCGGUACGAAAAAUAGUGCAUUUUAAUUACACCGGCUGGCCGAUGGACAACAUUUCGCAUCACCCGAAAGAGUUUAUACGUUUUAUUAUGACAGUGAAUAGUGCACGUGAAGAAGUAGAUAAGCUCUCUACACAGAACUUACAUGCCCCUACACCUAUAAUGGUACAUUGUAGUGAUGGUUUUAACAAUUCCUGUGUGUAUUGUUUGUUAGACAUCUGUAUAUCUGAAUUUGGAGCUACUAAUAAGGUAUCUCUACCUAACACUUUUCUUAAAAUAAGACAGCAAAAUCGAAAUGCUAUUAGUCAGCCUGAGAACUAUGUUUAUUGUUAUCAAGCACUGUAUGUUUGGAUUUCGUCAAUAUCGAAUUCUUUGCGCAAUUAAACCCGUGUAUUUUUAUAACCUAUGUGACCUACAAAAAACCCGAGCGUUAAAACGAUUGUUAAUAAUAAACAAUAACAUCCUCAUAUUGUCUAUUAUUAAGAGAAUAAUAAAACGCAUAACUGCGAAUUACAUUACCCGACCGUUAAGGGCACGGUUACUGUAAUGACAUUGGCUGUAUAAUAUAAUCGUCGUUUUAUGAACUAGUUAGUAAAUAGAAUUUUAAUAGGGUAAUAACAGUUGAAAGUUUUUGGACAUGCGAAAAAAGGGUCCGGUCCAAAAUCGUCCGUAAUUAACAUAUUUACGCUUUUAAAGUUUUAAUUACCACUUGGAUUUAUAGGACAAUAAAACUUAAUAGUAGAAUAAAACGUUUUAAUAGUGUACUCAAUCUUGGUAUUCCCUAGUUAGUUCUGGACAGCUAUAAAAUGUAAUUGUUUUACAAAGGCUACUCCCAUGUGAUAUUAAUCGCUAGUUAAAAAGUCAUUACAAGGUUUAUUGUUAUGGGUUUCAAGAAUGAUUGUAGACAAAUUUUUCGGGGUACACUUAAUGUUCCAAUUAGCUUAAUUACAGAACCUGCGUAUUCCAGAACUAAGGCCAAUUGGUAUAAAAGACAAAAAAAUGUAGUGGGAAAGUUAGUUGAGUAAACACCAGUCUCAAGGGUUGAUCGUAAAGUUCGCACCCGUUGUCAGUUUGAUUUUGGGACUACCAGUGCACGUUCAGUGAUAGUGAAUAAGUGGGUUACCUAUUAGGAAUUACUAACUGCAUAUCAGCUAGAUCGGUUAAAGUGAUUUA